AUGUCGCUUCCAGGCACUGUUGAUGCCUGGCUUUGCGAGGUGCGAGCAGAGGGCAUUGCGAGUGCGAAGCUCGGCGAUAUCAAAGCCGAUAAACAUUUCUCUGGUUCCACGAUACCCCACAAAGCGUUUCUUCAGCUCCGCGCCAUCUGGCUUCCAGCGAAGGAAUCCUCAACUGCUCCGGCUGACCUCGAAGCCGCCGACUUCUUCAACAAUACUGACAGAGAGCUAGCCACAUCCUGUCUCGACGCACACCCCUUGCAACUUCAGAACUUCUUCGCAACGGUGGAAUCCUCUUAUCCUGACCGGAAUGUCAUGGAUCCAUUCCUCCCCGCGACUCCAAUACUUGGCAAGGCCAGACUGGGAACCCCCCCAAAAACAGACGACUUGGGCAUGUUCGGGCCUGCAUUUACAUCGUGGCGCCGGUUGAAGCCCUUCAGCAGGCCGCAAAGAUCACGUGGGGAAAUGUCGCAUUUCACACCGAAAGUAAUGAUGGGAUUUGAUCACGCGCUCCAAGAGAACCUCUUGAUGCAACCUGUGUCCCGUUUGGACUUGAACAAGACCAAGUUGCAGCCGCGACAACCGGAAACACCGACAGCUGGCGGCAAUCAUCUGGCAGAUGAUCUCAUCGCAGAGAUUCUUGGGAAUAUGAGCCUUGACAAAGUUGUCGAAGAUCUUGACACUCCGACCAAACCGACACGAGGUAGCAGACCAGCCGGAACGGGUCAACAAAGACAGCAUGUCUCAUCGUCGGCAGCAGUGCACGACACCGUCCCAGCAAAACCUGCGAACGAGAAGGUGGACAACGUCCCGUUGCAUGAAACUGAAGAUUUCGAUGCGCCUGCUGUGCGUCUUGGCAGAACAGAGUACGAAGUGCAAACGUCCCAUUUCUUUGUCACAUACGCCGAUACGCUCCUUGCCCACGCUCUCUCCCUCUCGUUUUCAAACUGCCUGUCCAUCGUACCCGAGGAGCGACAGUAUGGAUUUGGCGAGGCCGCAACCCUACCCGUUCCGAAAGAAGAGACAGCAGCGCCAUCAUCAUCCGGUGCUGUGAGAAAGAAAAGGCAGCGGUCGUGCCUGUUUGUGGCCUGUCCCGAUGGUGCCGCCUACGUCAAACCAGACCAUGGGUCCCGAAAGGCAUUUCUUCACUUUGAGCUGAAGCCGUUCCGGAGAGAUGGGUCAGCCAGAGCGUUGACUAUUUGCCGCGAGGAAACCGCCGAGAUAGCGGCUAUUCUCUAUCAGGAAUACUGUAGUAACGGCAAGACCGAGAAACCGGAUGAGUAUUGGUUGAUCGUGGCAACCGUGGGGGCGAGGUACCUCGACUACAUCAAGGACAUGGAAGCGGCUGCUGUGGCGUCUGGAGACGUAGACAUGGACCUGAGCGACUUCAUUCAGUUCCAACCAUACGGCCCAUUUCGCGUGGGAAACUCUUGUCAUAUGAAAUGGGUGAAUACUGUUGUCACAGCAAGCGCAUUGUCUCAAAUGCAAGACACCACAGUGGGCCAGGGUCUGAAGAGGCGUCUAGAGUUUGACGCGUCUACGGAAGCGUUCCUGACCUUGGCAGGCCAGUUCUUCAUCGACAGAUACUCCAUAGACAUUCCCGAGAUGAAGCAGGACUCGAAGACUGAGACUCAGGCACCCUCCCUAUUUGUGGGCAUCCCGCGCUACAGCUGGGAUCACUCGGUUCAAAGCUACAUGUGGCCUAGAAUGAGGCCAGCGUCGACAGGAGGCAUCACAACCUCCUGGGCACCAAGGUCCUGGACACCUCGUGGCAAACCGCCACCGGAAGAAGAUCGUCACUUGUGGGAGCAGUCCAGGCUCACCAACCACAUGAUCGGCGAGAGCAUCAUCUUCAUCGUCUCGGGCUACAUCGACAUUGCCAUCGGGACACUGUUCUAG